AUGAACGGCGUUAUUGAAGCGCUGCACAUCUACGAUGACAACAGGAAUCCCAUCCUGUCGCACACCUACACGGGACGGCCUCUCUCGGCCUCCCACCUUCUGGCCCUCUACCUCGAGCAUCCGUUUCCGCGGCCGAGCCUCAUCUACCUCCCCAACGCAAACCCGCCGACGCUCGUCUUCAGCCUGACGCACUCCAACCUGCUGUUCCUGGCCACUUCGUCCACCGAGAUCGAGCCCCUCCUCGUGCUCGAGUUCCUGCACCGCAUCGUCGAUGCCUUUGAAGACUUCGUGGGGGCGCCCUUGCUGGCCGUCAAGCUCGAGAGCAACUACGAUGUCAUUGCGCAGCUUCUGACGGAGAUGUGCGAUGCGGGCACGGUCAGCACUACGGAGCCUAAUGCUCUCCGAGAGGUCGUGGAGAUGGAGGGCUGGGUCGACAAGCUGCUCGGUAGCAUCAACCUGCCUGGGAAAUCUCCGCUCAACACAAGCCCAGCUGCACCGUCACUGAUAGCCUCCAACACGCCAGCCCUGCCCUGGAGACGAGCCAACGUACGGCACACCUCAAACGAGCUCUACGCCGACGUCGUCGAGACCUUAUCCGUAACGCUGGCCCCUUCAGGGAGGCCGCUGGCUGCAUUCGCGAAUGGAACGAUUGCGUUUACGUCAAAGGUGUCCGGGGUUCCCGAUGUCCUGGUGACGCUCGGCAGUCCGUCGGGCAAGCACAACAUAGGCGGCAUCAUGGAACUGCCCGUCUUCCACCCAUGCGUUCGACUGGCAAGGUGGAAUGAGCGACCCGGAGAACUAAGCUUUAUACCGCCCGAUGGACGAUUCAUUCUGGCUGGCUACGAGGUCGAUCUGCUACCAUAUACCAGUGGGAAGAGUGGGAGUGUCAGCUCCAACAAUCUCAAGCUUCCCGUCAGCCUCGAGGUCAAGACCGGGCUUGGGCCUGUGGGAUCUGAGUUCGAGGUCAGGCUGCAAACAAACAAGAUCUUCGGCACGCCCAAUUCAUCAUCAGCAGUGAGCCAAUUGGGCCGCGCAGGAGUUCCUGGCCGGCUGGGGUCACCGCAUCCCGGGAGCCCAAGCUCGCCGCUACUAGACGACCUGAUUGUCACCAUUCCUCUGCCCGAAGAUGUGAGGAACCUGUCUGAUAUCAGGCCGUCCAGGGGGGAUGCGAGCUUCAACAGAGCCGAGGGGCGACUCGAGUGGCACAUCCCGGCCAAGGAGAUGUCUGGCCCGACGUCUCAUUUUGGACUGAGGUGUACGGUGGUGGGAUCUCUGGCCGACGACGAAGAGGAAGAGUUUGAUCCUACGGGAUUCGGGUUUGGCACCGACUAUUCAUACAACGAGCCGUACCAAAACACGGCGGCCGCCACUUCAGGCAAGGAGAAGGUGGGCGUGGAUGAGGAGCAGGACCCUAAGAAGGUAGCGCAGAACAAGAUUCUGAUGCCCAGUUCGGCCGCCGUGAGCUUCUCUGUCAAGGGGUGGCUGGCGAGCGGGCUGAAGAUUGAGAGCAUUGUAUUAGACGCGAGGAAAAGCCGGGGGCUCAGCGAAGGCGUGAAGCCUUACAAGGGCGUCAAGUACCUGACGGUCAGCAAGGGAGGAGUAGAGAUUCUAGUAGCUUGUACCCCACGUGCUUCCUGUCCAAGUGCGUCACUGCUUCUGCAUCCUCGGAUCAGCUCUCCUUCGUCUUCACUUACACCGCUUUCGCAUUCCAUCCUCAACAUCCCCCAUGCCGAUUCUGGCUCUGCAAAGCGCGACAUUGAGCUGAGAUCAGGCGGAAUCUCUGUGGCUCCCACCAUUGGCCGUCGCAAGGCCAUGAAGCGCUUCGCAGGCCCUGUUCUGCGGCGCCGGCGUGGCGCGAGGGUCGGCCGGGAUGCGUCAGAGCUGACACGGGCUCUGCGAUGCUGCGCGCCGGCCGCCUCCUUUGGAGCAUCUGCUGCGUGUCCGGUGCGAUGGAGCUCGAGCCGGCCUGGGAGGCCGCGGACGGCGAUUUUCUUCCCGGGCCAGGGAGUGCAAAAGGUCGGCAUGCUGUCGCCGUGGCUGGAGGCGUUUCCCGCGACGGCCUCGCAAAUCAUACAGGAGAUUGACCAUGUCGCCGGCUUCAAGAUCUCCGACGUCAUCCAGGAUGGCCCGUCCAAGGUCCUGACGCAGACGACCAUGGCCCAGCCCGCCAUCAUGGCCACGUCCAUCUUCAUCCUGCGCAUCCUCGAGCGCGAGUUCAACUUUCGGGUCGCCGACCAUUUCGACUUUACGCUGGGGCAUUCUCUGGGCGAGUUCACGGCACUGGUCGCCGGUGGAUACAUUGCGUUUGAGGACAGCUACUAUCUCGUGCAGCGGCGCGCAGCUGCCAUGUCGGAGGCGACGAAGAAGGCGAUUCAAGAGUAUGGAGGCGAAUAUGGCAUGGUGGCGGUGAUCACGGAGCCGGAAUACAUGCAGCCCUUGAUCAAGGCGAUACGCGACUUUGUUGGGCACUCGAGCGACGGGAGCAAGUCGGAGAGCAGCCAGGAUGUGCCGCCGAUUGAGCAGGUGUUGAUUGCCAACAUCAACAGCAAGAACCAGAUUGUCCUGAGCGGCAACAUGGAGAGGAUCAAGAUGCUGAUAGCCCAUGUCCGCCAGUUCCUGGGCCACGAUCCGCGCGCCGUGCGGCUGCACAGCGACAGUCCCUUCCACAGCCCCAUUAUGAAGCCCGCAGUGACGGUCAUGAAGAAUCUGCUGGCGAAGAAGAGUCGCAUUCCUGGUCGGGAGGACGAAGACAUGGUGACGUUUCCCGGGUUGAUGCCGUGCAUAAGCAACGUCUCGGCUAGGCCGUUUGAAAGUAAGGAGCAGCUGAAGGAUCUGCUGGCCAGAGGGUGCCUCGAGACGGUUCGAUGGUGGGCCUCCAUCAAGUACCUCGAUCAGGAAGAGAAAGUCAGGCGAUGGGUAGGCAUUGGGCCUGGUAAAGUAGGAAGAAAUUUGGUGGGAAAAGAGGUGGGCAUGAGGGGGAAGGAUUUGGUCAAGGGAGGCGGCGUUUGGGCGAUUACAGAUCCGUCCGAGGUGGAGGAGGUGUUGCGCGGGUUGGAAGAGACGGCGAACAUAGUAGAUGACGAAGAUGAGUGA